UCAUGGACAAUUACAGUGCCCUCUUCGGGCAGGAGAAGGGCAAAAGCAUUGCUAGAAAGCAAAAAACUGCAUGGUUGGUGGUAGAGGAUGCCGUCAACAGUGUGGCCCCGCAGAGGAGGAUUGUUGAGGGCCUGAAAAAGCGGUGGAAUGACUGCAAGAGAUGGGUUAAAGAAAAGAUGGGACAGGAAGCUAUGCACCAGAGGGAAACAGGUGGUGGUCCAUCCCUGGAUAUUGAGUAUAACACCUGGCAGGAGAUGAUGAGCAGGUCCCUGAGUAUCACAGCAGUCCGUGGACUUCCAGGGGCUCGUGACUCAGGGGCUGCAACCACAGCACAUCAUGCUGAACCUCCUGCCACGAGGAUACUAACAUCCAUGCCACCACCACCACCACCAGUCUUCAAGCAACCGCAAGAAUGGUAUGCUCCCAGGCAUGAGCAUGGUUGGAUGGCUUCAGUUGAGGACUUGGCAGUGAUGCCACCAACAUUGCCAUAUGACCCCUGGCAAGAUUCCUGGCUAGAGGAAUAUCCUCCCUUUGGCUUUGAGGGGGAGCCAAGACAGCCACAAAGGGUCCAUGUAUUUACCCCCCCACAACACAAUCUCAUGGCAGUCAGGGAUUUUACCCACAAACAAUGUCACAGGAAGUGCCAAUUGGACAGGCUGAGUCAUCACACACUGGUCAUCAGUGGGACUAUCAACCAAACCAUGAGAGCUCCACCAUCAUCAGCAAUUGGACGAGCUCCACCUUCAUCAGCAAUUGGACAAGCUCCUCCAUCGGCAGAUGGAAAUAUAGUAGAAUCUACAGCUGCACUUCAAGCACCAUCAGAUGCAGGUGACCCUGCCCCACAUGAACCAUCAGUUGAAGCUGGCCCUGCCCCACAUGAACCAUCAGUUGAAGCUGGCCCUGCCCCACACGAACCAUCAGUUGCAGGUGACCCUGCCCCACAUGAACCAGCAGUUGAAGCUGACCCUGCACCUCCAGCAACAGCAGAUGCAGGUGACCCUGCCCCACAAAUACCUAGAAGCCCUGCUGCUCAAGAGCCUGUGGAUGCAUUGUAUUCUCCCCUGGGUGACGAAUACAUUGCACUCCAGAGGAGGCUUAACAAGCACCAAGAGCAUACAAAGAGGCCAAGAGAGUUUCAAGAGAGGUUCUUCAGGAACCAUGAAAGGUUCAUCAGGAGCCAAGAGAGGAUACAACAACGUAGCAUACGUUAUGCUACAGAGGGACAUGGCAGCAUCGUUAAGUGCAAGUGUUCAUAACCAGUCACAGAUAAUGCAAAUUCUGUCUGAUAUGCAGAUGCAAAUGGACAAUAGAUGGAGAGAACAAAAUCAACUCUUGGGUGUGUUGGUUGAGCACUUUACACACCAGCAGGACACUGCCUCCAGCCUAUCAUCUGUGGCCAGCACACCAGCAGAAACAUCAGAAUCUUCUCAAACCAGGAGAACAAGGAAAUCCACUACAGUCACCUCAGCUCCCUCAUCCAAGAAGCAAAAAAAUAAAUAAAUAUUCUUAUAGCUCACCAUAAA